AUAUCCGACCUCCACGUACUUUUGUUUGUCUCUCGUUCUAUUUCUCUAUAUAUAAAUAAUUUACUGACUUCGUUUUUUCUCAGACGCAUUGUUGUAAUGUCUAUCCAAAAGCAGCGCAACCACGCGCACUCUCUCUCUCUCUCUAGAAUAGACAGCGAGAGACCAACCUGCUCAUCCUUAUCCAUGUUCGUCUUUUUUACAAACGCUUGACCUACACCCAGCACGACUCUUCUUAUCUUAUCCCACGCUCCCAACCACCCUUUGGCUCUGUGUCUUUUACCAACCAGAGCGGCCGUCGAUUGAUGACAAGUAGCCCGUGUUCAGGGAGCUCAAAAGGAGGUGAAGUCCGGGGCGGAAACGGUAACACCGGAGGAAAAAAGAAAGAAAAACAACGACGAAAGUUCUCUAUCGGGACCAUCUGGAAAUUAAAAUGGAGGUUAUUGUGGGUCCAACCUUCGGCAUCGAUGUUAGGGACCGGAGCAGCGCCAUCCCGAGCGCUGCCGAUCAGCGCAGCGUGUCUUCUUGUCUAUUCCUGGAGGACGGCAUCGGCGGAACAGGAGAUGGCGAUGGGUUGGUAUUCGGCAUCGGCGGGCAGGGGAAAGGUCGGGAGGCAAACGAAGAAUCUUCAGAGAGUUCUUCCUCGAUCGGAGCGCCGGAUGAUAGCGAAGACGAAGGGGACGACUGCGUUUCGUCAAAGGAGAUUCUGAGCAAUUUCAAGGGAGCAGGAUUGGGCUCUUUGGGUUCAAUGGAAGACACUCUUCCCAUCAAGAGGGGAUUAUCGAACCAUUUUACUGGAAAAUCGAAGUCCUUUGCGAAUCUAUCGGAAGUGAACACACUAAAGGAUCUGAAGAAGUCGGAAAACCCGUUUAACAAGAGGAGGAGAGUUUUGGUAGCCGCCAAAUGGUCUUCCAGGAAAUCUUCCUUCUACAGCUCCUCUAACCCUAAAUCUAUGCCUCUACUGGUUCUGAACGAAGAGGAAAAUGAAGAUGAAGAUGAUGAACAUCUUCGACGGCAACAAGAAUACCCAUCAACGUCGUCCUCGCCUUCAUCAUCGUGGUCAUCGUCGUCAUCAGAGAAAAAGGAACAAGAACAACAUCAUUUAAGUCAUCAGGAGAGAGUACCCAAAACUUUUAUUGAUAGGAGGAUCUUGAAUUUCAAGUCAAAUCGUUGUUUCUCUCUCACAGAUCUGCAAGAAAAUGAUGAACAAGAUGACGAUUAACUUGGUUUUUCUUAAUCAAAAUUUCUUUUUCUUUCUUUCUUUCUUUAGCUGUGAUGUAUGGAUGCCAGUUGCCAACUCAAAAAGGCAUAACAAAAAUCGUAAUAUGAUGUAUUAUCAUCCUCUUCUGUUUGUCGA